UUGGAAUCGACCUUGACCUUGACAUUCGUAGGCGACAUUCAUCAUAGUUCAAGUGUUCACCCUUCAUGCUCUCGUUCGGUUCAGUUUCAGCUUCCGAUGCAAGUUGACUCUACAAUUGAAUCAGUCAUACACUGUUUUCUGCGUGGCAGUCGGUAGAAUCAGCUCGAAAUGGAGGAUAUGAAAACUGGAAACGCUGACAUUGACGCAAAAGUUGAGGAAUGGAUGCGUUGGGAUCAGAAUGAUACGAAUCGUGCUGAGAUCCGACAACUGGCUUUGGAGAAGAAUGUUGAUGAGUUAAAGAAACGCCUGCUUCAGAGGAUGGAGUUUGGCACAGCAGGUCUUCGGGCGAGGAUGGGAGCUGGCUACUCCAUGAUGAAUGACCUCACGAUCAUCCAAGCAACACAGGGUCUGGUGAAGUACCUUAUAGCGUCGGUUCCAGAUGCCAAGAAGAAUGGUCUGGUUGUGGGAUACGAUGCCAGACACAACAGCCAGAAAUGGAGUGAGCUGGUAGCAACCAUAUGUAUCAACGAAGGUAUGCUAGUCUACAAGUUCUCUGAGAUCUGUCCUACUCCAUAUGUGCCGUAUGCUGUGGUGCACUAUGGAGCUUCAUGUGGGGUCAUGAUCACUGCCUCUCACAACCCAAAGGAAGACAAUGGCUAUAAAGUAUACUGGACAAAUGGAGCCCAGAUCAUUCCUCCGAUCGACAAAGGUAUUGCGACGUCCAUCAGAGAACAUCUUGAGCCUUUCCCCACGUCCUGGAAUACAUCCUGUGUCGCUGACAGCAAGCUGUUGAGGGAUCCCUACGAUAAGAUAUUUGAUCUGUACAACAAAGAUCUCCAUCAUCUCUGUCACUUCAGAGAUCAGAAUCUGUCCUCCAAAGUGAUCUUCACCUAUACUGCCAUGCAUGGUGUGGGGUACAAGUUUGUGCGCGAGGCUUUGCAGAGUUUCGGCUUUCUUCCUCCUGUACUACUACCAGUCGAAAAACAGGUGUGGCCAGAUCCUGAGUUCCCCACAGUGAAAUACCCCAACCCAGAGGAGAAGGGAGCACUGACAUUGUCAAAGCAGAUGGCAGAUGAUAAAGGAAGCGUGGUAAUCCUGGCCAAUGACCCUGACGCAGACAGACUGGCAGUAGCUGAGAAACAGCCCAGAUGCAGUUUAAAGCACAUCGGGACAUGCGGAAUUAUACAAGGUAAGUGGAGGAUCUUCUCUGGAAAUGAGAUCGGGGCCCUGCUUGGGUGGUGGAGUCUCUUUACCUUCAGGAAAAGUCACCCAGAUGUCAAAAACAAAGAUAUUUGUAUGGUGGCCAGCACAGUUUCCUCCAAGAUCCUGCAGACCAUUGCCAAGCAGGAAGGGUGUAUUUUUGAUGAAACCUUGACAGGCUUCAAGUGGAUCGCUAACAAGGCUUGUGAUAGACAAAAUGAUGGGAAACAUGUCAUCUUUGCAUUUGAAGAGGCCAUUGGGUUCAUGUGCGGCACCAAGGUUCUGGACAAGGAUGGAGUGAGUGCAGCAGCAGUGAUGGCAGAGAUGGCAACAUUCCUGUACAACCACGACUCAACUCUGGCUAAACAGCUGGAAGAGAUAUUCAACAAAUACGGUUAUCACUUGUCACAAAACUCCUACUUCCGGUGUGAUGACCCAGCCAUUACUGCCAAGAUGUUUCAGAAUCUCCGUAACUUCGAUGGUCCAGGAAAGUAUCCAUCAAGUUGUGGCCCUUAUAAGAUCAAAUAUGUUCGAGAUCUGACAGGCAAAGGCUACGACAACAGCCAGCCGGACAAUGUUCCAAUUCUACCCACAAGCAAGUCCUCAGAGAUGAUCACAUUCACAUUUGAAAAUGGCUGUGUGGCUACCCUGCGGACAAGCGGCACAGAACCCAAAAUCAAGUACUACACUGAGCACAAGCCAGACCCCACUAAAGGAAUGGACCGAGAAGCAGCAAAAAGGGAGUUGAACGACAUGGUCCACUGUAUAGAGACUCACUUCUUCCAGCCAAAGACUUUCGGACUUAUUCCACAAUCUAAACUGUAAACUGUCAUGCAGAUUUCGGUUUCAUUGCGCGAUUUUGAUUGGACUGUGUAUAGAUUCGUUAGUCCAGCCAAAAUCUAAUUCCAUAAUACCAGCCUAGUUCGGCAAGGGUGGUCACUGGACUUUUAUAGUCAGUUAACUCUCUUGCCUCAGGAAAAUAUGGAGAGAUGUUUAUUUCCAAUUUGAGAAUUUUUACUGACAUUUGCUGCAGACUUCAUGGACAUGGAAUCUAAACAGGUUUAAAUAAAUCCCUAAAUGUAUCCUCUAUUUUCAUUAAUCAUCGGGGUUGUGGAGUCGGUUAUAAAAGAUGGGGUGUUGGUUAAUGGGGCAAUCUGCACAAGGGGUACCUGGGAGGAAUCAUAUUUCUGUUUAACUCAAGGCAGUUUGGAUUUAUAUGGCAAGGAAUUUUAAGUGUUAGCUGAAGCCAUGUUUUCCUGAUAUUUUAUGUGUAUUUUCCAUAGGUAUUUUUGAGUCGUGAUGGAAACUUGGACGACAACCUUUUGUAGUAACACAAGAUUUUGAAAUACAAAUAUGUUUAAUCAGGUAGAAGUUAGUAGCAGAUAGCUAGGCCUAUCACAUGCUUUUGAAUAUAGGGAUAUACCAUAAUUAAUUUAAUUCAAGAUAUCUCCUUUGAUAUAUGUAGGGAGUAAUGAUAGGAUUACAUUUAUAAUUUAUUGUAGAAUGAAUAUAUAAUGUGAUGAACAUUUUACACUUUAACAAAAGACAAGAUGUGAAUUGUUUGUAUACUCCUCAGGGAGGUGAGAAUGAGACUAAUCCAUUGACCAGGUUAAUAAUAGAAAUAAUGUCAUAGUGCUAUGAGCAUACCGACAGGCAUGGAAGUUUGCACUGUCGAAAUGUACUCAUUAUUAUUAUUGUUGUGGUGUUGUUGUUAUGAUUAAUAUUGAAAAUUGUAUUGUUAAAUUUUAUUUAAGCAAAAAUGAAGUAUAAACAAAUACCAUGCAUUGAAAAGUUGCUGCAUGUUUAUGAGUACAGUUCUCUAUCACUCAUCUCUCUGUGAUGGGGAUGAGUGACAACAUCAUUUACUCACUCACUCACUCACUCACUCACCAUGGAAUUACUGGUACAUUGUCAAGAAACAGUGUCUGAGCUUACAAGGUAUUUUGAGCUUGUUUGAGAACGUAUCAAUAAAUACCAUUGCUUAACUGUUAAUUCCUUAUUUCAUAUAAAUGUAAAUAAACAGGUUAAGUUGGAUGGCUAAGAUCAUAUACAUUUUUCUCAUAACUUGUGAAAUGCUUAAGCCUCGCUGAGAGCAUCUUCGAUUAUUCAGGCUAACAUAAUCUCCUUUCUAUUAUGACAACAACCCUGGACCCAUUUGCCAUCAAUGCUUUGUAUACAAGUAAUGCGGUGGUGGUGAAUGUGUCUAGGGUAUUUAUAGAAUGGUGAUUUUAUGCCUUGGAUAGUCGGAAGAUGCAUUGAGAGAAGUUCCACCAUGUUGAUCUGUGACUACAGUGUAUGACCUUUAGAGGGUUUGUCGCCUUUAACGACAAGCAUAGUCGCCUUUUAUGGCAAGCAUGGGUUGCUGAAAACCUAUUCUACCCCGGAUCUUCACAGGUCGCCUUGAGAGGGAGAUGACUGUAUCAGAGUAUAGAAAUGAAAACAAAAUCAUUCUUCACAUAUAUUCCAAUACCUCAAUACCAAAAUUGCCUGUUUUACAUACAUGUAUUUGUCACUGACCUGUUUGUUUUGAGUCCAAUGCUGAUUCAACACUUGCAAUAACAAACCAAAUUGCUUGAUAAGCCUUGUCUCAUGCUUUGAAACCAUUUAAAAUGAAUUUUUGAAACCAGACAAGUGUCAUUUCUUGUUUUUGUAUAAUUUUCUUGAUCAGGUAUGAUGGCAACAUACAGAAAUAAUAAAAAUGAUGUAAGGGUUGAUUUUUCUAUAACAACCUCUUGAAACAACGGUUUUGACAAAAUUAUAGACAAAAAUAUGCCCAGAUAAUGCAUAUUCAUAAUCAGUCACAGCAUUUGAAUUUAUUUAUCAUUUCAUGUUUUAUUUUGUUACGGAUAGGUUUUUCUAUUAGAAAAUAAAGCAAAAUGCCAAAAUAAACUUGUCUGGUCAAAGAGUUGUUUGUUUUGUUUGUGAUCUCCCUGAUAGCCACAAAUAGGCAGAUUUGCCUCAUGAGAAAAUAAAAAAAAGCAUUUCAAAUUCAUUACCGGUACUUGUAAAUAAGAGAAGGGUUAUUAUUAAAUUAAUUAAGUGUCUUGUCCUUUUUGUCAGUGUGUGCCAAUUAUUUUCUGUCAUCAAUAAUUGUUAUCGCUACUUUUAAUGUUAUUUUGUUAUUAGUGUUGUAAAGCAAUUUUAUUACAUUGUAUUGUCAAAGAUGGUCAUUUACUCCAGGGCAGUUUUGUUUUGCUGUGCAUCACUGAACUGUUUUCUGAAGGAAUCAUACUAGGCAAAAAUGGUACCAUGGUACCAUGCAAGCAAAAUUUACCAUAUGUGACUCUUCUGUUAAUCAUACGUGCUUGUGUUGCUUCUGUUGUAUUAUUUGUUUGUUUUAUUAGUGGAUUUAUCAUGUUGCUGCUGACAACAGGACUAUUUUAAAGCCCGACUAUUUAACAUUUUGGUGAGACCAGGGAUUUUUGUCACUUUUUCAAAACAUGCAGUUUACCUCUGUGGACAGCCAAAAUUUUCAGUGAACCGUGUGCGUGCAUGCGUGCGAGAGAAAGAAGAACUAAUUCCCACACCCAUUAGAAUGUAAAAUGGUUGUCCUCUUAGCACAUCAUGCUGUUCAUCCAUGACAUUAUUUGUCACUAUUGCUAAAAUAUUGCUGUUGUUACUGUUUUUGCUGAAUCUUGCUUAUUAUAUUUGUCCUUUAUCAGCUUAACCGUGUUAUUAUAUUCAGUGGAAUGGAUGAUAAAUCAAAGUCAUUCCUCAGCAAUAUUAAAACCUUCUACAAACAUUUCCAUUUGUGAAAAAAACAAUUCACGAGCAUGAUGACCUUGCUCUUAUUAUUUUCAUAGAUUGUACAAAACGUUCCAGUGUCUCCGAUAUCUGACCAUCUUUGUGUAGCCAGGGUAUUAUAUAUCCCCAUUCUGUUGUGAUAAAUAUCCUGGACCCAUUCACCACUAUAGCUUCAUUUCAGGUGGUUUAGAUCACAAUCUUCAGUUCUUUCAUCACUUACUCUUUCACCUGAUAUGUUUACAUGGAUUUCUUUCAACUGAAAUCAAAUCAAGUGGCUUCUUCUGAACACGAGUCUCGCAUACAAAUAAUUUGAAAAUCCUGGCGUGUUACAAGCCCUUGAUGAAUUUAAGGAAAUUAAGAAGACUUUUUGGUGUGAAUUUCUAGUUGGAAAAUAUGUUGUCAAGAGCAAGAUGGGAAUAGGGAAAUCAUUUGCUGCAAGACAUUCCCAGUUCAAGUUGAAUAUGAGAUGGCAUGCAACAGAAUGGUGAUAUCAUUGCUUGUUUCUUAAAAGAAGUCCAUUUUUAGCAUUGUGUUAUUCAACUGAAUUCAGUAUGAUUUGGUUUGUUGUUUAACGCUAUACUUAGCAAUUUUCCAGCGGUGAAUUCAGUAUGACGUUAUGGUAGUUAAGAGGUCCAGGGUAUACAUCAUAAUACAUAGAGAUAUGAUACACUGGAUAAUGGAGGCUGACAUCUGACUUGCAUCAUUUUAUCUCCACAUUAUUAUUGCUUUGUUGCCGAUUUUGUUAUGGUAUGUUUUUGUUUUGUGUAAUAUUUAGUUGUUUUUUCUACAGUUACUUUUUGAAAAAAUGUUAAUCAGUCGUAUUUUAAUGUUUAUGUCUUUAAUUUGCCAUUGAUAAAAAAAAAGUUAGGAAAAAAGGGCCUUUUGAUUUCUUUCAUUUAGCAUUUAGUUAAAAGAAAUUCACUUUAAUAAUAAAUUUGAAUUUGAUGAUUUAUCAUAAUUCAUUUCAUAAUCCAGUAACCAUGAUUAUAACUGGUGUACUUUUAUUCUUUGGAAAACAAUAUCCUUAUCUACACUAGAAAGUAUUAAACAGGAACAGGUUAUUAGGUUAACUAGACUUGAAACGGUUAGUAGCAGAAUGUAAAACUAUGUCUUAAAUGUAUCAGUAUUGUGCAUGUUUUUUUCUCAUUUACAUGUUGGUUGUUAUUUAUCUGUUGGCUAUCAAAAUAAAUAUUUCAAAAAUCA